UGCAAACCUUUGGGUUCUUCUCCUAUGUGAUUCCUCUAUAAUACUUCCUGACUCUUCCUGUUACCCGGAAAGGUGGCUUAAAAGCUCCGCUAUGCUGCAGGCUACAUACCACUUCAGGAUUCAGAUUCUCCCGUAGUUCCAGGAAGUACUGAAGGGAAAUAUCGUGUACGAUUGUUGGGCCCACAAGGUAUUGAAUACAAGGUCUUGAAGAGAUAGCUCACAUUCUGCGCACAGAAUCAUGUUCUAAACUGCGCAAAGACAGGAGGCUGCGACACCAUGGCUCUCGUCGAUCUGCCCUAUGUUGCGGAAUUCUUCGCCGUGUUGUAUGUUUGGGGCCCUCCGACUCCUGGCCCAGUCAUAGCUCCUCCAAAUCCUCAAGAAUAUUUACCGAGAGAUAUUCCUUUAGCAGUUCAAGACGCCAUUACUGUCACGAGGUCGCUUGGGUUUCGGUACCUCUGGGUAGAUCGAUACUGCAUCAGCACAGAUGCUAGAGUUAGGCAUGAACAGAUCAAUAGCAUGGACGUAGUAUACCGCCUUGCAUACGCCACCACCAUAGCAGCGGGAGGCCAGCAUCCCUCAUACGGUCUCCCGGCGUGUCCCACCGCCCACGGAAACCCCAGCCACGAGUGCAGAUCUGCAACAAAACGCUCGUAUCAUGCCUACCCGAUCCCGGAGUAGGAAUCCAGAAGUCCAAAUGGUCAACCCGAGCAUGGACAUAUCAAGAAUGCCUGCUAUCACGCCGCCGCAUCUUUUUCACUUCCGAGCAAGUCUAUUUCGAAUGCAUGGUUAUGUAUUGCUGUGAAGCCAUCGAUGAACCUCUCGAGGCGCUGCACAUACUCUGCAGAACCAGCUUCCGAUCUUGCAUUCGCGAUGGCCUGUACCCUUAGCGUACUGGGGAAAGCGCACAAGGAGGUAUGGAAUCGGAUUGCAAGAGUACACACAACGAUCCACGACGUAUGAUUCCGAUGCCUUGAACGGCAUGGUCGGC